CAACAAACCUCCGCAAACGUCCACAGCCAAGUAGAACGAUUAGUUCGUGCGUUCGUGCUGCUCGUCCGAUCGUCGCCGUGUGCCUUGCUGGCGAGGGAAAGAAAACUGAGAAAACAUCACAGAGCCAUUUGCCAAGCAGCGAACGGCGAAAAUAAAUCGCUGAUAAAGUGCCAGUGCCACAUCAAGGACUCGCUGUGGUGUUCGACGCAUCGAACCGUCGCCUACUUUUCCUCAGUGUCCUUGAUUAACGUAUAGUUUUGCACCAUGGCUCUGUACGCUGCCAAUUGUUGUGGUUGUGUUUGUUAGUGUAGUGUGCGGCACCUUUUCUCUUCUCGUCAGCAUGGCACCAGUAGUGCGGAAGAAACGGAGCACUAGCUCUCGGCGGCAAGCGCAUCGGAACAUGAAGCCUCCAUCCACUGCUAGUAAACCGGGCAGAGCAGUAUCCAUCUGCUUGCGGACAUCCGAGUCAGUAGACUUGUUUAAUCGAGCCGCGCCGGCCGCAACAGUCGCGACAGCGCUGGGAAGGCUACAUCCGGUCACGCUGGAGCUGAACCAACGGCAGCCUCAACACCUUCAUCAUCGCCAUUUCCACCAACGGAAAAGACCUGACGGCUUGGCGGCAAUCGCACUCUAGCAGUGAGAAGAAGCGGGAAAUCGUAGCAACCUCCACGGAUCCGUUACAAGUCUUUAGAUCUAGACGCGGUGGUGCACCGAAGAAACCUAAACGUGAUCGUUAGUGACGCAAAGUGUGAACGACCGGCUCACAGGAUAUAUAAAAAAUAAUAAUAAAAGGACUUUGUUAGCGCCACAAACACAUGCAACGUGGGCCCGGUGCGCGCGUUGGUCCUCGCAAGCGUACGAACAAACAAGUCCACUUAGCGAAGUAGUGCAAACCACACCGAUCAGAGGUCACACCAUCAGUAAUCAUCGCGCGCAUCAUUUUGCACACGAUCACGAGCAAGGCGUGUGCGCGCUUCCUUCCUCGUAGCGGGGCGAGAUAAAGUGUGUCACAGGAAAAUUGCGCCUCUUCUGCGUCCGACCUUGCUUGCACCCUGUGUCCCCCGAUGGAUGCGGAAGGACUGUUGGAUCCGGCUGCUGCCGCCAAUGGCAACAAUUCUGCCCCUGCUGUGUGGGUUUUUGGGUACGGCUCGCUUUGCUGGUAUCCUGGAUUCGACUACUCUGACUGCAUUACGGGCUACAUCCGAGGAUAUGUGCGCCGAUUCUGGCAAGGCAACGUGACGCACCGUGGCACCAAAGAACAGCCUGGUCGCGUGGCUACUUUAAUCGAGGACAAAGAGGGUAUCACUUGGGGCUGCGCAUUUAGGGUUACUGGAAGAGAUGCUUUAGACUACCUCAGCCAACGCGAGUGCACUUUGGGUGGGUACGCGACGGAGUAUAUCAAAUUCUACCCCCGCGUGGCGAGCGAGCAAUCGGGCAUCAGCGGCGAAGCAUUUCCGACGCUUGUUUACAUUGCAACACCAAAGAACGAGUAUUGGAUCGGUGAAGAGCCCGUGCUGGUGACGGCACGGAAGAUUGUGGAAUCACGGGGCCCGAGCGGCCACAACGUUGAGUACCUUAUUCGGCUGGCGAUGUUCAUGCGGGACGAAUUGCCGGGUGCGAGCGAUGAGCAUUUGUUCGAGUUGGAAGGGCUCGUCCGGCGGUUUCUCGCCGAAGCAAACAUAAACGUCGAACAGUUGAUGGUGGGCAACACAACCUUACGUCGCAUCCGUCGCGAUGCACACGAGGAGGUACGCCGGCACGUAACAUUUGAGUACACGUCGCGCGUUCCUGAUACCAAGCUGCGUUGCUUACACAUUUAAAACUCAUCUUCCACUGCCCACUGGGAGCUACAUAUAUACCGUUAACGAAAGCGCAUCAAGUUCAGUUUCUAGUGUUUAAGCAACGUGUAACCGAUGACAACAAUGUUUUAUGUUAUAAUGAAAUAUAGAGUCUUAUUGAUUUA